AUGAUCAAAUAAUUGAGUAUUACAUGGUAAUCCUAAUAGAUAAGUGCAAUUUAAUUGAUUAAUUUUAGUAAAUUCUUUCUUAAUUAAUAAUUUGAGUGUGUUUUCAAUAGGUUAAAUCACUGCUUAAACCAAUCCUCCACCUUAAGGAUAAUAACCCUCCUUUAAAACUUAAAUAUGGCAUCUAAGACCCAUUAAUUAAAUUAUUGGUAGAAAAACAGUGCUCCAAGCUUGGAUAGUAGGACUAUGAUUUAAAUAGGUUCCACCAUGAAUGGUGAUAGAGAUUUAUUUUUUAGAAUUGAUUGAUAUAGGUAAUAAAGAUUACAAUAUUAAAGUAAUACUUUAUGCUGUUUAAGCAGGACAAAUAAUGUCUUGAG